GCAUUCGCGUCGACGUUUACCUAUACUCUUUAAAUGAAUUGAUGGUUCUUUGAAGAUUAUAACCACAUAUUAAUCAGUCGAGAAUUCAGAUAAACCAUGGCAACAGAUAAACAAACAAUGUUUGCUGUUGAAAAAGUGCGUGAAUUAAAAUGGAAGUUGCGGGUUGUUCUGAAGAACCUUAUGAAAUUACAAACGCCGCUAACGCUGCUGUUGUGAAUUUACUACCUGAUAAGUCGAAAAAGUUGUAUGAAGCAGCAUAUAAAGGUUUUAAAGACUGGUGCAUAGAAAAAGAUGUCGCGACCGUCACCGACAAUGUUAUGUUGGUUUACUUUAGCGAAAAAGCCAAAAAGUACAAAUGUUCAACGGUAUGGGCACAAUAUUCCAUGGUGAGGUCUUGUAUGCUCAUUUACGACAAUGUUGACAUCAACAAAUUUCCAAAAUUGAUAUCAUUUUUAAAAAGGAAUUCUGAUGGAUAUUCUCCGAAAAAAUCGAAAAUAUUUAAUAGAGAAGAGGUGGAAAAAUUCUUGCUUGAAGCUGACGAUGAUACCCAUCUUAUGCGAAAGGUUGCGUUGAUUUUUGGAAUAUCUGGCGCAUGUCGCACUGACGAAUUGGUCAAUAUGACACUGGAUAACGUUGAAGAUGUGGGGUCUUCUUUCAUAAUUACCCUGCCACAUACAAAAAACAAAACAUCCAGAACGUUCGUUAUAGCGAGUAAUGAAGGCGGUAAAGUGGAUUUUCUUCAGAUAAUUCGCAAAUACACGUCCCUUCGACCUGGAACUAACCAUGGACGAUUUUUUGUUUUCUACAAGAACGGAAAAUGUACUCAGCCGGUUGGGAAAAACACGCUUGGCAAGGUGCCAAAUAUGAUCGCCAAUUACUUAAAAUUACCAAACCCAGAACUCUAUACGGGGCACUGCAUGAGGCGUUCCUCCACCACUCUAUUGGCGGAUGCUGGAGCUGACAUCACCACUAUAAAACGGCAUGGUGGGUGGAAGUCCACCACAGUCGCGGAAAGCUACAUUGAGAACUCUGUGGCCAACAAAACGAAGAUUGCAAAUCAGAUUAUUCAAGGUAGCACUACCUCAAAUGUCAAUAUAACAUCGGGAGCCAGUUCUGAUUCGAAUCUAUUGAUUAAUAAAAUUCCAGCGGUAAAUUUUACAAAAUGUGAAAAUAUAACGUUUAAUUUAAAUAUAAACAAUGUACCUUUUUAAGUUUGAGUUAAUAUAACCUAUAUAAAUAUCAGGGAGUUUUCAUUAUCAUUAUUUCUCAAGGGACUGAAAUGCAAUUUCUGUCCCUGUUUUGUGAUCAU